AUGACACCAAAGAAGAAAGGAAGGCCUAGAAAGGAACAAUUUGAACCCAGUCAAGCAUCAUGUGAUAGGUCUGAGAGGCAGGAAGCAGUUCCUAUGCCACCAAAGAAGAAAGGAAGUCCAAGGAAAAAUGUCCAUUCUGACCCAAAUCAAGCAUCAGGUUCUAAAUUUGUUAAACGCAAAAAUGAUGGUUUAGAUGGUCAUGUUGAAGGUAGGGGAUGUGAGGAACAAGUGAAAGAUUUGUUUGAAAAUGAAGAUAUUGAUGAUGACAGUCUGGUUGAUAUGAUGUGCACUUUUGAAGCUUCUCUUAGCCAACCAAAGGAUAAUUAUCAGAAAAGUGAUGGAUUCCAAGAUGAAAUGGAUGCUAUUAUUUAA